AUCACGAGUUAUCAGGAUAAGUAUAUUAUAAAAUUAUAUUUUAAUUUUUAAUACAACAAUUUUAUACUUAAGCCAAAAUUAAAUGUAUCCAACGGUAGGCUACCAUAUAAUACAAUUAACCUAAAACGUAAUUUAUUUGAUUUUUUAAAUAUGAGUGGAAAUAUAUCGAUUAAUUCACUGCCUAUAGAAACAUUCACCGAAAUACUUGUUAAAAUCGAUGGAAACAGCUUAGCAAGAUGUAGGAGAGUCUGUAAACAAUGGAAAGAAGCUAUUGACGAGACCGAUAUCAUUUGGCAAGAAAUGUGUUUCAAGGAAUUCAAAAAUUCAUCAAAAAUAGCGAAGAGGAAAAGUGGCGAUACAGUAGGCUGGUAUCACAUCUACAGGAACUUAAAACUGUGGUCUGAUAUUUCAUCUUAUGAGAAAACUAUAAAAGAAUUUUUUAAAUUCAAUUUACAUGACAGAUCGCACAUGUUGGACAUUAAUUAUGGAGUCAUACCGUUGAAGGAUGCGAAAGGAACAUUUUUUUAUGACGCGGCCAAUUUAAAGUACAUUCCUGUAGCGCUAUCUGACAAGAAUUGCUUAAAAAUAUGGAACAGUGAUAAUGUAACAGUUAUACAAAUUAAAUCUGGCAUUUUCAUACAAAGGACAGUGCAUGAUCCAAGCUACGCCUCAGAAGCAUUUUAUAAAGCUGACAAUUUUGUAUUGAACGGUGAUUAUCUAUACUUUUAUAAUAACAGAGAUGUUUAUAAAUGUAAUUUAUUAUGCAGAGAGCUUAUACCUAAACUUUUAGUACAUUGUGCAUAUGAUUUAAAAGAAAUACAGUUCAAUAAUGAUGCUAUACAUAUUUUUACCGACUGUGGUAAAAUUAUAAAUAUACUAAAAGAUAACUCAAUAGAAGAGAGAAUAAUUAACUGCCCGGUGGAAUGGAUAAAACACAUUAAGAACAUAAGUGCUGUAGAUGACAAAAAUUUUGUUUGUUACUCCCGGAAUUUGUUUAAAAUUGAAACAGAAAACUAUCAGCAUUUGUACUUAGAUUUCCCGCCAAUUACAGCAUUAUUUUUUUAUAUUGAUGUGGUGAUAAUUGGACUGAGGAAUGGUAGCAUACUGCUGUAUAGAUUGUCAAGUCAAAAGAAAGCAACCCGACCCAUUUUUGAAACAUUAGCAGAGUUGCCAGAUGGAAAAUUUCCAGUGCAGUUAGAUGUUUAUGAAAGGAAAUGUGGUCCCAUGAUUGCUGCAGCAACUUUUUUUGAAUUGUAUUUGAUUGAUGUUACAUUUUUCCCUCAUGAACAGCCAGUUAAAAAUACAUUUACAAGCAAUAAGCUACACAUGUACAAGAGAUUACAAAAAUUGAAGGAGAGUAUGCAGGUGUCAUAACAGUAUUUCAAAAGGAAGAUAUCACUAUUUUUUAGACUUUUCUUUAAGAAAAAAUGCUGUUUUAAUGAGGCAGUAUUGAACAUGUGUUAAAUUGUUGUGAAGUAGGUCUUUUACUGUCUCUAGGAAAAAAAACUAUUUUCUACUUAGGACGCCAGUGUUAUCCCAGAGUGGGAGGUACCUCUCCAAAUGACAACAAUCUCUAUCAAACACAAAAUAAUCACUUCAAUCAGUAGAAAUACCAUACAGUGAUUGAUUAAUAAAACUGAAAGAACCUUAAUAUCAAAUUGAGAACCUCCUUCAUUUUUAGCAGAUCAGUUUAAAAUUCUGAAAUAACGAGAAUCUUUAGGGAAUUGGUUUAGUGUUUUUAAAAUAACUACAAAAAGGUUUUUAUACAUUUUAAUCGCAAUUUGCAUUGAAUAUUGAUGCCAUUAGGGAUUCAGUUUAUAACCCCUCUUUGUUAAUGUUAAAAAUAAGUGAUUAUUGUGAUAAAAAAAUAUAAAAACAAUUUUAUAAUUCUAGGAUAAAAGACAUAUCUGAUUUGUAGAUUUUUUUAAAUUCGCACAUUUGUGUUAGAUACCUUUCACUAUAUUUUUAGUUGUUAAUUGUUUUUAAAAACUAAAUUAUUUGUUAUUUGACUAGUCAGUAUUUUACUAAGUAUCGAGU